AUGAACGAUGAAAUUAGCGACUGCAUUACGCUUCCACCAGGACACUUACUAAAUCAUCGUGGGCAAAGAUUCGAAAUUUUGAAACAAAUUUGGAGCGGACCGUUCAGUGAAGUGAUGGUGGUUAAAGAUAUCACUGGGGGCGAACGAUAUGCAAUGAAAACUGAAAAAACGUCCGAUCCUAAGCGCUCGGUUUUAAAACUCGAUGUUUUUGUUCUACGAGAGUUCGAGAACACGAAAAUAAAAGGCUUCCCACAAUUUAUCGCGCAGGGUCGUAUUGGCCGUCUGAAAUAUGUCGUCAUGCAACUUCUUGGACCCGACUUGGGCAAGCUGCGUCGCAGCUUACCCGGCAAGAAAUUCAGUUUGACAACAGCGCUUCGCCUUGGCAUUCAGACGAUGAAUCGAAUUGAAGCGCUGCAUGACGCUGGCUGGAUUUCGCGUGACAUUAAAGCGAAUAAUUUUGCAGUUGGUCCAAAGAACGAUAUCCAGACACCACGAAGCUCAGCAGCACUUAUUGGAUCAAUUCAUUAUUCGUCGCUAGCCGCACAUGCAUUUCGGGAUCAGUGUCGACGAGAUGAUAUCGAAUCUUGGUUUUAUAUGGUUUGCGAACUCAUUAAAGGACCUCUUCCAUGGGCAAGUGCAGAUGCUCGAAAAGACUACAUUUUGAUCGGCGAAUGGAAACGAUAUGCACGAUAUGGCGGUCGAUAUGAGCUGCUGAAAGGAAUGCCGGAAGAAUUCGACAAAAUACUGGAUUUGAUCGAUAAUACAAAAUACUACGAACGACCUGAUUACCGGACAUUUUAUCAGUUAGUCAACAAUAUCUUCACUCGACUGAAGCUAAAUCGAAAAACGCCAUUUGAGUGGCAGGACAAUCCGCAACUUAUUCGGAAGGCAUCAGUAAUUGGUGACGAAGGAGAGUCGUGUUUUGCAAGCUUUCGUCUUCGCGAGUUGACCAAUAAGCCAGAUAAUGAUGAUGAUCUAGUGAUCCCUCCAUGUAACCCGGAUCUAGCUUGCCCUCCAUUCAAGUGA